UUCAAAUUCAUAACAAGCACUAACGUCAAACAACUUUUUCAAUUGAAGAUCUAAUUAGUUAUCUUUCAACAAGUUCGCUUGUAUUAAGAACAUGUUUUCAUCCAUUAGCUGUUAUUAAAACUCGUAUUCAAACUGAAAAACCACCUGUUAAAUCAACCUCGGAAAUGAUUAAAAAAAUUCGAAUUGAUGAAGGAAUUCGACGAGGAUUUUAUCGUGGAUAUUCAGUUGCUCUAUUAGCUCUUUUAUUUGAACCUGUUUUUAUGGGUACAUUGGAAAUAACAAGAACUUUUUUAAAUAAUAAUCAACCAAGAUUUAUAUCCAUAUCACAAUGGGAUAUAAUAACUAGUUCAUUAUCAGCUGGAACAGCUGCUCUUAUACAACAAUCAUUUCUUGGUAUGUUUUAUUUUAUCUUAAAUAUAUUCGAAUUUUCAAAAAAUACAAAUUUAAACAAUAUGUUGACAUGUGUCCUUUUAAGUUUUAACCAUGGUAAAAGGAAUACCUUGAAUAUUUUAUAUUAAAAUUUGAACAAUUAGACGUUUUCAGUGUGAGCUAAUAGACUUUGACCUUGUUGAAAGAUAACUAAUUAGAUCUUCAAUUGAAAAAGUUGUUUGACGUUAGUGCUUGUUAUGAAUUUGAAUAAGAAAAAAGAAGUUCUAUUUCUCAAAAUUGUUAAUCGUUUGCGUCGAUGAAAAAGUGUCUAGAGGAGAGUAUUGCCUUUUAUUUCAAAGUAUACUGAGUUGUAGAACCCUUCGGAAAGAUAAAUAUCGACUAUAAACAAGUGUUAAGUCCGAUGUCGUUUAACAUAUUAAUAUCAAAUAUUGAGCAGAGAUAUCUCUGAUUGGAAUAAUAGAUUGAUAAAUAUAUCAAAAUCAUUGUGAAUAAGGAUUUAUUUAAAGAAAAGUGUUUAUACUUUUUUUUUCAAAAAAUAAAUUUCAAAUAAGACUUUAUCCAUUAAAUGAGUUUUUUAUCUAUUUUUAAAUUAAAUUUAAAAGAUUUCUAAAAAAAUUAUUUUAUUUUGAAAGUAAUCGAAAUAAUCGAUAUUAUUGAUUUAGGACCCUCCUCAAAAGUCGAUCUCAGCUCUGAAACAUUCAAAUGCCAUGAAAUUUUGAGUAUAUGAAAGGAUGUCUGUGGUACAAUUUUCAGCCUCCUAUCCUCAUGCAUAAGGUAGAUACGAACCCAACAGGGGUCGAAAAAUAGCUUAUUGCGUCUCCAAAAAUUCUUUUCAUAUACUUGAUUGUUUUUUUUGUUUGACAGAGCAUGUCAGAAUGCAGUGCUGAUGAGGGUCCUUUUUUUUAAUCGUAUCUUUAUGGAGGAAAAAUGUCUGACAGGAUUAAUCACUGAACAAACAAAAUAUUUGACUUUCGUUGGAGAUGCGUUGUUCAACCAUCAUUUCGAUAGAAAAUGAAAAAGAUUUUUGGGUUUUUCAAAAAUCUUGAAAAUUUUUCAUAAAAAAAGAGGUAUCAAAGAAAAGUUUUUAUCGUUUAUGAAAGAGCAAAUGAGAGACUAUCUUUCCGUAUAUUCACUUCAGACUUGACGAAAGCUAACUGUUUUUAAGACGUCCUUAAGCACCCCCCCCCCCCCUUCAGAAAAGUCAAUUUUGGUCAAAUUUAUCGAUUUUGUGAUUUAUAACUCAUUAGAUAGAGCUAAGUGUCUACUCUC